GCGAGACUUGGAUCAGUUCGAGAAGAACGGGUCCAGACAAGCAGCAAUAUUCAUGCUUAGCUUCAGCACCAACAAGCUGCUGGGAGAUGUUUCCUGGGAUGUUUGGACUGAGCYAACACUGAGCUGUUCGGCCGGUUCGGUCGCAGAUGACAACACCUGGUUGGGAUGAACAGUACGUGGCCUCGUCUCUCUGGAUGGACGUCAGCUGGUAAAGAUGGAAGAAAACUUUUAAGCCACAGAACCUUGCUGCUUGUUUCAGGAGCUUGUUUUCUUGCUGAACCUGUAUUUGAUAAUAAAAUAAAGAAGCAUGAAGCUGAGCGACAGAUAAGAAGGUUUUUAUGGGUCCAGAUGUGUUUGUCAGAAGAUGCUCUACUCCAGUUUUAACGAGACGACAGAUGUUGUUCAGUCACUUCCUGUUUGCUGCCAAAUGUUUGAAGUGAUCUGACUGAACCGUCCUCAGCGUUUCAUCAGGAUGAACGGCUCUCUAUUAACCCCGCCCAGCCCCCGGGCCGCCAACUCCUCCCCUUUACCUCCCUCGCCUUCCCCGUCACCAUCCCCGCCGUCCCCCUCUCUGCUGCCCAUGUCCUCCUCCAGGCCCCCCCCUCUCCCACCUCUGGUGAGCUCGCCACCUCAGGCUCAUCCGUCUUCUCUGUCCGACACCCCCACGCCGUCCCCCUCCCCUUCCCUGAGCUGGACCGAAUUCUGUGAGCUGCAUGCCCGCGUCGCCGCCGGUGACUUUGCACGCCACUUCCGGGCGUUUCUCCUGGAGAACCCUCACUACACCACAGACUCUGCGGCCGCCUUCUGCCGCCGCUUCACCGACCGCUUCGUGCGCCACUUCCAGAGCGAGCUGGAGGGGGGGCUCCCACCGAGCUGRGCCCCGGGCCGUGACGACAUGGUGAGCUGGGCUCCCCCGUCAGACGCCACCUCCCUGGAAGAAGAGGCGGUCUCGCCUUUGUCAGGAACCGGGGGGGCGGGGCUACCGUGCCCCCCUUUAACCACGGCGCGGGUCAUGACAAAGCCCGCCCCCUCACGGCUGGUGUUGGAGAACCGCGGCGGGGACCGGUUCCAGGACUCUUAUGCCCACGGCCAGGUCCUGCCUCCCUCCUCCUCCUCGUCAUGUUGCUCCUCGGUGGGGGGGAACAACGGGAGGCGGGAGGAGAGGAGCGCCGUGCUCGGCCCAGGGAACGGCGAAGCUCCUGUUGAGGAAGAGGAGGACAGCUGGCUGGGCGUGGCUUCAGUGGAGGAAGACGCUGAGCCAGAGGAGGGAGAAGCAGAGUCCUCGGAGGCGGACCACGCAGACUCCGCCCACACUCCUCACCUGUCUCUUUCCUCUGUCACUCCUCCGCCCGGCUCCAGAACUACCAGCACGCCCAACUCCUCCAAAAACAAACUGAAGAAGCGCUUCUCGCUGCGCAGCGUGGGGCGCAGCGUGCGGGGCAGCGUGCGAGGAAUCCUCCACUGGAAGAGCUCGUCCAGCGAGGCCCCGCCCACCCCGCUGCCCUCCAGCUACAGCUACACCAUGGGGGUGCAGGACGCCAGCCUGGCCUCCAAGAGGACCUCUGCCACUCAGCCUCCCACACCCACCUCCUCCAUGCCCGUGUCCCUGUCCAUGCCCCUGUCCCUCCCUCACUCCUCCUCCUCCUCCCUGCCCCCCUCCUCCUCCAGCAGCGCCACCUCCUUGUCUCUGUCGGAGGCGGCUCGGGACCGCAGGAGGAGCAACGGAGAAGGAGGCGAGAAGGACAAGUGGAGCCACCGCCUGGAGAAGCUCCGAUUAUCACGCUCGCCCCCUCCCGUCCUCACACAGACCCCCGCCUCCUCCUCCUCGCUGCCUCCGAGCAGCGCCGCCGCCACGGGUCCUCCGAGGAGGGUGGGCCGGCUGGUGCGGGAGGGCGGAGUCAGCGUCAGCUCCUCCAGCGACGAGCUGGGUGGAAGCCACGCCUUCUCGGGCUUUUCCUUCGGCCUCCUUCAUCACGGCACAGACAACACCUCCUCCUCAUCGUCAGGAGCCCCCUCAGCGCCGCUCCAGCCUCUGGCCGGCAGCGGGAGCGUGCCCUGGAAGGGGGGCCGCUGGCACAAGUGUCGCCUGGUCCUCCGAGAGCGGGACCGAGAGGGGGGCGAGCGGGGAGAGGACUACUACCUGGAGUUCUUCAUCCCACCUAAAUCAUCCAAGCCUCGGCUGACUGUUCCCUGCUGCUCCAUCGUGGACGUGAGGAGCACCACGGCUCUGGAGGUCCCUGACAAGGAGAACACCUUCCUGCUGCAGCUGGAGACGUCGACGGAGUACGUGAUCGAAACACGAGAUGCUGUUCAGAUGAGGGCGUGGCUUAGCGACAUUAGGAACGGCAUCUGUCUCAGUGAGCAGGACGACGCUGAGGUGGGGUGUGGAGGUCCGCUGGACAUCAGCGGGACGCCAGAGACCGCAGAGCGUCUUUCUCAAGUUUGUUACGGAGGAAUCGGAGGCUCCUCGCCCCUGAUGGACCCCCUCCCUCCGGAGCUCCCUCCUCGAGCUCCCCUCGACGAACCGGAUGCCAGGAUCCUCGGGGGAGGCGGGGCUAGUCUGGGCACACCUUUUGCUGAGACCCCCGAUGCUACAGGCUCCUUCCUGUUCUCGGACGUGGGCGUGGCCGAGGCCGUGGAGCACCCGCUCAGCGAGUGUCAGUGGUUCCACGGGACCCUGUCCCGCCUCAAAGCGGCCCAGUUGGUUCUGGCUGGAGGCCCGGCGAGCCACGGUGUGUUUCUGGUCCGGCAGAGCGAGACACGGCGUGGAGAAUACGUCCUGACCUUUAACUUCCAGGGCAAGGCCAAGCACCUCCGUCUGUCCCUGAACGAGGACGGUCAGUGCCGAGUCCAGCACCUGUGGUUCCAGUCCAUCUUUGACAUGUUGGAGCACUUCCGGGUCCACCCCAUCCCCCUGGAGUCCGGCGGUGCCUCUGACGUCACGCUCAUCAGCUUUGUGGGCGCCACCGCCGUUCGACAGCCAGGCCGGGACAGGGCGGGCAGUCGGCCUGCGGUCUGUGAUGUCAUCACCACGCGCCAUCCCGACUCUCCAUCAACCCCCAUCUCUGACUGUGUGUAAGUGCGACCGGACUCAGCUGAGAGGAGCGAGUGUUGGGCAGUGAGUGGCUGAACGACAACACAUCUCUCAUUGUAACCCCGACUCAUCCCAGCAGGAGGUCAUGUGACGAGUUAGACCCAGUAAGAACUGAUCAGAGCCAGUAAGAACUGAUCAGAGCCAGUAAGAACUGAUCAGACCCAGUAAGAACUGAUCAGACCCAGUAAGAACUGAUCAGAGCCAGUAAGAACUGAUCAGAGCCAGUAAGAACUGAUCAGAGCCAGUAAGAACUGAUCAGAGCCAGUAAGAACUGAUCAGAGCCAGGAAGAA